AUGACUUUCAUAGUUCUCCAGGUUGCCGCCCCAGUAGACAGUAGAAGUGUCUUGACAUUUGUAUUGAAAUUUCUGACCUUGGUGUUGGUUGACAGUUGUUUUGAGUUCCAGAUGUUGUUCAGUUGUAAAUAUGCUGCUCUUGCUUUGCUGGUCCGCGCUUUCACAUCUGCAUCAGAUCCACCGUAUUCAUCAAUGAUGCUGCCCACAUAUGUAAAGGUUUUUACAUCUUCCAAAUCUUCUCGGUCAAUUGUGACUGGAUUGGUACAUGUUGUGUUGUAUCGGAGUAUCUUUCUUUUCCCUUUGUGUAUGUUGAGACCUAGUGCUGCUGAGGCUACUGCUACACUGGUCGUUUUCUCCUGCAUUUUUUGUUGCGAUCGCGAUAGUAGGGCCAGAUCAUCUGCUUCUAGGAUAACUGGAGGUGGAAAUAAUAGUUUUCGUUAA